AUGUUUGGAGUACACUUUCAUAACGUCUCUGGGAAUUCUUCUGCUAACACUUUCCUGUGUUAGCAGAACUUUUGUUUCGGUUGUUAGGAAAGAUUUUGAGAGCUUAAGGCACCCAGGUUUGCGUCUUAUCUUUGCACUUUCCUGGUUUCAGCAGUUUUUCUUUUUUUUUUAAGAAGAGCCCACGUCUCUAUAAUCCUAUUGACACAGAUGAGGCAAAAAAAAACAACAACAAAACAUCCCCACUUCCACGCCCCAUCCGGGGAACACAGCUUUCGGAAACAUUUUGCACAAGAACUGGAUAUUGGCAACUCAACUGUUAAACCUGCCUGUGAUUAUUCUUCCUUGAGAUCACUCUGAUGUCACCAGUGUAAUUUGAGCCUGGAGCUUUUGUUCAUGCUUUAAAUAGCAGUGCUGGAAUGAGUUUGCUACAGACUCUCUGGAGAGCCUGGGCGCUGAGUUCCCGAAGAUCCUCCCAUCUAUGAGAGCAAAGCCAAGCAACCAAGCCGGCACCAUGUCCUCCUCGCUGCGAGUCAGCCCGUCCAUCCACGGCUACCACUUCGACACAGCCUCACGCAAGAAAGCCGUGGGCAACAUCUUUGAAAACAUCGACGAAGAAUCACUACAGAGGCUCUUCAAAAACUCUGGGGACAAGAAAGCAGAGGAGAGAGCCAAGAUCAUUUUGGCCAUAGAUCAAGAUCUGGAGGAGAAAACCCGGGCCCUGAUGGCCCUGAAGAAGAGGACGAAAGACAAGCUUUUCCAGUUUCUGAAACUGCGGAAAUAUUCCAUCAAAGUCCACUGAGGAGCAGAGAAUGGAUAAGGACGUUAUCCAC